AUGGAGGAAGUUAAGAAGGAUGUAGAGCCCAAGGAUGAUGCCGUACCAGUAAGGAGGGAGAAAUCUGGCAAUGUAGCCAGUCUUGUGCAGCGUAUGAGCAGCUAUGGGCUUCCAGCAGGAGGAUUUCAGCCUCAUCCCCCAUCCAAAAGCUUCAAGAAGAGGUCCAAGAAGCGGCAGUGCAAAGUACUCUUCGAAUACAUCCCACAGAACGAGGAUGAGCUGGAACUCAAGUUGGGGGAUGUGAUCGACAUCAAUGAAGAGGUAGAAGAAGGCUGGUGGAGUGGAACACUAAAUGGCAAGGCAGGGUUGUUUCCUUCAAACUUCGUGAAAGAAUUGGAAUUGAUGGAUGAUGGAGAAACACAGGACACUCUGGAUGAUGCAGAGUCUGUUUUCAGUGGUCCUACCUCACCUGUGGUCUCUCCAGGAAAUGGGAGUGAACCUGGAUCUGGACCAGCACAGCCAAAGAAAAUCCGAGGUAUUGGGUUUGGAGACAUCUUUAAAGAAGGCUCAGUGAAACUUAAGACAAGAUUGUCAAGUAAUGAAUCAGAAGAUAAAAAGCAAGAUAAGCCAUCACCUAACCAUCCCCCUGGAACAAAGCUAAUUCAUUUUCCCAGUACAACAAAAAUUGAAAACUCAUCAGAAGUAGUAAAAUCAGAAGCUGAAAGUAAACCAAAAGCCAAGGAAUAUUGCAGGACAAUAUUUUCAUACGAAGGCUCAAAUGAUGAGCUCAGCUUUAAAGAAGGCGAGAUCAUACAAAUAAUCAGUAAGGACACUGGAGAGCCAGGCUGGUGGAAAGGAGAACUCAAUGGUAAAGAAGGAGUCUUCCCAGACAAUUUUGCUGUUCAAAUACAAGAGUCUGAUAAAGACUUCCCUAAGCCAAAGAAACCUCCUCCUCCAGUUAAAAGUCCAGCUCCAAAGCCUGAAUUAGCAGCUGGAGAGAAGAAAUUCCCUUCUUUGAGGCCUGAAGAAAAAGAUGAAAAAGGAACUUUGGAUCAGAAGCCUUUGAAGCCACAAGCUCCUCAAGUACCACCCAAGAAGCCUAUUCCUCCAAGCAAGACCAACAGCUUAUUGAGAGCAGGGCUCCUGCACCCAAAACGUCCAGAUAAACCUGUUUUGCCUUCAUCUGUAUCCAAAUCUAACGGAGAAGUUGUUUCUCUUCGACCGAAAUCUGAAGUUGAGCCAGUAGCAAAACCAAAGUUAGACUCUGAACAGUUACCACUUAGACCAAAAUCAGUAGAGGUAGAUUCACUUGUGGUGAAGAGCUCGAAAGAAUCGGAUCUGUUAAGCUUUGAUGAUGUAAUAGCUACCUCAGAUAACCUAUCACACCCUACUGCAAACCGACCCAAGAUGCCUGGUAGGAGGCUGCCUUCACGUUUCAAUAGCAGUAGUCCUGCAAGUCAAAAUGUGAGUCCAGAAAAAAAUUUGAAGAUGCAGAAGGAAGAAGAAAGUGCCAAACCAAAGCCAGUUGAAACAAAAAAGCCAUCUGCAUUCAGUCCACCAAUUCCGUCUUCAUCUCAGAGACCAAGUUCUGUUAUACUCAACUUUUUUCCUGGAGACAUCCAACUUAAAGGAGAAACAGAUGAUGAAAAAAUUUCUGUGGAAGAACUCAGGACUCAGAUUAAUGAUUUGAUGGGCUUAGUAGAUGCACUGAAGAAAGAACAUGGGAGAGAACUGGAAAAACUGAAGAAGGAUUUGGAAGAAGAGAAGCUGUUGCGAAGCAAUCUGGAGCUUGAAAUAGAAAAAUUGAAGAAAGCAGUGAUGUCUACAUGA